AUGGUUCAUUAUUUCUUAAUAUACACUUUGAUUUUCCUGAAAUGCAUUUCAGCUCUUACCCCACCCCCAGAAAACUUCACACUCACUUCUAUUACGUAUGCUGGAACUGGCUGUCCCGCCGGGUCAAUUGCAGCUCGGCUGUCUCCUGAUCGCACGAAGCUGAUUCUAUCCACUGAUGGAUUUGCUGUACAGUCAGGCGAUCCCACAUACCCAGCUUCUGCUCUUCGAAAGAUAUGCCAAGUCUCUAUAGCGCACGACUAUCCCACAACCCAUCAGUACCGCAUAGUGGCCCCAAAGAUCACUGGCCUCAUCAACAUCUCAAAAAAUGUCAACGCGACGACAAAUUUCGCAGUCUACUAUCCCGCUUUCGACAGCCCUAUACCGGCCUUCAAGGCGACCAUUGAGGGUCCAACAUAUGGAUUAACUGAAUGGAAUUUGACACAGAGCCAGCCUGAGUGGCCGGAAAGUGGAUGGUCUCCAUGUGGUGGACCCUCUGCACGAACGCUGAAUUUGAAUGUUCAAAACAGGUUGUACGUGAAGAACGUGACCGUUGAUGAAGGCAGAGCUGAGAUCUACACUUUUCUUUUCGACUUGGAAUGGCGGAAUGAGUACUGUCACAGUUGA